CGAACACGCGUUGUGAUUGCCAGUUCUACGAUUAUGGCGUCAAGGCCCUCAACGAAAGCCUACAAGGAAGAAUGGCUCCCUGGAUACGACGGCACGCAAUUCUACACGCGUACCUAUGUGGCCGACACGCCUCGCGCGGUGCUCCUCUACGUGCACGGCUUCUCUGAGCACAUCGCCCGGUACGAAUGGGCACAUAGCCGAUGCGCCUCCGAGGGGAUUGCCGUCUUUGCGUUUGACCAGCGCGGCUUCGGGCGCACCGCGCUGGAUGCGGCACACAGGAGCAGGAAGAGCUCGUACGGGAGAACGAACCUCCACGACCAGCUUAGCGACAUCGAGUGGUGGCUCAAGCGUCUGCACAAGGAGUACCCUGGCUUGCCACUGUUCACGAUGGGGCACUCUAUGGGCGGGGCGCUUAUACUCGCGUUCGCGACGCGGACCUCUCCGCCACCGUCACAGGAGUCCAUCGCACUCUUGUCUGGUGUCAUUCCCUCGAGCACGCUGUUGUUACAGUUUGUUUCGACGUCGCGAUCUCUCCGGGUUGCUGCGGAAACGCUGAGCCUGAUUCUUCCGAACCUGCUGUUCGAUGCCUCCUUGCCGAACGACUACCUCUCGCACGACCCGGCAGUGAAGGCGGCAUUAGAGACGGAUCCAAUGAUCAUACAAAAAGGCUCAUUAAGAUGUCUCUCAGAUACUCUGAACAACGGCGAGCGGUUGUAUAAGCACGAAUACAAGAACUGGCCGAAGACCCUACCUGUACUCUUCAUGCAUGGCACCGCGGAUAGGGUGACUUCUUUCAAAGCUGCACAAGAGUUCUACGAGAACAUCCCUGCCGAGGACAAGCAGUUCAAUGCUAUCGAGGACGGGUACCACGAACUGGUGCACGAGCCGAAUGGCGUCAAAGAGAAGUACAUGGACGACUGCAUCGCUUGGAUGCUCGAGCGCUCCAAACGCGCGUCGCAACCUGAAACUCCCUCAGCGCAGGAUGCUGCUGCGGAAGCAGAAUCUGCAGUGCCUUAG